AUGUCCCUAGGCAUUAGCGAGUGGUCCGCGGCGCACAAGGGCCAGCACCGAGGCGGAAAUUUCCUCACGUACUGGGUGCGUGGGCACCGUCUCUUCAAGAGCACCCCAAAAUCGUUCCCCGUACCGUUCGUUCCCGGCGACAUCUUCGAUUCCAACCAUCUCAUGAACAUUCCGCCAGUCUACGCGCCGCCCCCCGCGCCGGCGCCCGAGUUCUCAGGUCUGACGAGCCUCACGCCGCUGCAAGGACACGUAUCUGCGAUCCACGCGGCCAUGUUCUUCCACCUCUUCGACGAGGAAAAGCAGUUCGCGCUCGCGCAGCGCCUCGCAAGUCUACUCUCGCCGCUCCCCGGCUCGAUGGUUUCCGGUCGGCAUUUCAAGGCAGACGUCAGAGGCGUGCGCGACUCGAAGCCCGCGAGGGACGACGCGUCGGAGGUCAUCAGGGUCUUCUACCAUUCGCCGGGGUCGUGGACUACGCUCUGGAACGCCAGGUGUUCAGGGAGGGGUCAGUGA